UCUCUCUCUCUCUCGUCUCCCUCACAUUAGAAAAAAAAAAAACUGAAGUCUUUUUUGCUCUCUGGUUUGGUUUUGUUAGAGAGAGAGAGAAAGAUGAAAAUGCGUUUAAUUGCUGUUUAGGUUUCGAAUUCGCGAUUUGGGUUUUUGUUAAGCUGCUUCUUCUUCUGCUUACGUUUCUUCAAAGAGCUUUCGGAUUCUUUAAGGAGGAGUCAUUCUUCUCUUGAGUGGGGAAAAAAAAACCAUGGGAAAUAAUAGCGAGGAACCAAAGCCGACCAAAUCAGACAACAAACCAUCUUCACCACCGGAUCAAACAAAUGUUCAUGUCUACCCUGAUUGGGCAGCUAUGCAGGCAUAUUAUGGUCCAAGAGUUGCAAUGCCUCCUUAUUACAAUUCAGCUAUGGCUGCUUCUGGCCAUCCUCCUCCUCCUCCUUACAUGUGGAACCCUCAGCAUAUGAUGUCACCGUAUGAAUCACCCUAUGCAGCGGUUUACCAGCAUGGUGGGGGAGUUUACCCUCAUCCUGGCAUUCCCAUGGGAUCACAGCCUCAAGGUCAAAAGGCUCCACCUUUAACAACUCCGGGGACGCAUUUGAGCAUCGCCACUCCUACGAAAUCUACAGGGAACACAGACAAUGGACUGAUGAAGAAGCUGAAAGAGUUUGAUGGACUUGCUAUGUCUCUAGGAAAUGGAAAUCCUGAAACUGGUGCAGAUGAACAUAAACGAUCACGGAACAGCUCAGAAACGGAUGGGUCAAGUGAUGGAAGUGAUGGGAAUACAACUGGGGCAGAUGAACCGAAACCUAAAAGAAGUCGAGAGGGAACUCCAACAAAAGAUGGGAAACAAUUGGCUCAAUCUAGCUCACUUCGCUCUGCUUCUCUGUCAAGUGGUGAUACGGGCAUAAAAGUUAUUAAAGGAGCUGGAGCUGUAGUCUCUCCUGGUGUAAGUGCAAAUUCCAACCCCUUCAUGUCACAAUCUUUAGCCAUGGUUCCUCCUGAAACUUGGCCUCAGAACGAGAGAGAACUGAAACGGGAGCGAAGAAAACAGUCUAAUAGAGAAUCUGCUAGAAGGUCAAGAUUAAGGAAACAGGCUGAGACCGAAGAACUUGCUAAGAAAGUUGAAGCCUUGACAGCCGAAAACAUGGCAUUAAGAUCUGAACUAAACCAACUUAAUGAGAAAUCUGAUAAACUAAGAGGAGCAAAUGCAACCUUGUUGGACAAACUGAAAUGCUCGGAACCUGAGAAAAGAGUCUCUGGGAAUAUGUUGUCUAGAAUUAAAAACUCAGGAGCUGGAGACAAGAACAAGAACCAAGGAGACAAUGAUUCUAACUCUACAAGCAAACUGCAUCAACUGCUCGAUACGAAGCCUCGAGCUAAUGCUGUAGCUGCGGGCUAAUGGAUGAGUGUCGAUUUCUACUUAAUUUGUUCGACAUAAACAAAGAAAACAAGUGCCUGCUAAUUUUCACAAAACUUGAUAGAUAGUAGUAUAGUAGAUUGAGAGAGAUGAUGAUUGAUCUAUAAAUUUUCGGAGAGAGAGGGAGAAAGAGAAGCUUUCUCCUCCAGAUGAAAAUUUGAUGUUGUGGUUGUCUUCAUGUUAAUAUAAUAGAGGGAGGUUUUUUUCUUGUUUUAUAAAUGGCUUCCUUUGUUGCAUUUUAGACCUGAUGUAAUAUUAUGAGAUCGUUUGUUGUUGCU